CUCCUCCUCCUCGCCAUCAACACGCGCGCACCAGCGAGCGGUGGUCGGCGCCUCACGUGACUAGGCGACCUCUUAUAAGCGAUACUCGUCAACGCAUUUAUUUUCAAUUGACAUGAUAUUCAAUAUUGGAUUUUCACUAUCUUGGAAGAGGGACCGUGACGUUGCGCACGCGCCUCAGAAAACGUGUGCGCGUCCACUUGAUUGAAGCGGACCGAGGAACGCGAGGAGGCUCGUGCGCGCUCGGAAGCGGCCGCGCGCGUUCUGCCUGUCGACGUCUCGGGAGCGUGCACGAGCGCGGACGUCAAGGACGGUCGACGCGACGCGAGCAUCCUCUUUGUCUUGGUUCUAGCGGUGCUGAUCCUGGUGAGGUCAUCGCCCUGGAGAAACGUGCGUGAGUGAGUGGGUGCGUGCGUGUUGACGUCGUCCCCGGCGCGGGAAUCAACAGGACGAGGCGCGCGCGCACAAAAAUAAAGAGGACGACAGUCAACAUGUCUCCUGCUGCGAGACCCCGGUGAAAAGGACUUGUGGACCGGAGCGGAACGAACCGAACCUGCCAAGGGUCGAACCAAGGGCGUCUGCUUCGAUUGACAAAGCAUCCAAACAUGGAGGUGCGCGCGUCGCUGCUGCUGCUGGCGCUGCACUGCGGCGCGAUGGCGCUGUGCGGCUGCGAGCCACGCGUGGUCCACGUGGGCGCCGUGCUGAGCCAGAAGCGCUACGAGCAGGUGUUCCGCGAUGCCGUGGCCCAUGCCAACGCCGCCUACGGGCGCGAACGUUUCAAGAUGAACGCCAUCGCCGUCACGCACAAGGCCAACGCCAUCCAGAUGGCGCUCUCCGUCUGCGAGGAUCUCAUCUCCAACCAGGUGUACGCCAUCUUGGUGAGCCACCCCCCGCAGUCCAACGACCACCUGACUCCGACACCCGUGUCCUACACGGCCGGCUUCUACCGCAUUCCCGUGGUGGGCCUCACCACGCGCAUGUCCAUCUACUCCGACAAGAGCAUCCACCUGUCGUUCCUGCGCACGGUGCCGCCCUACUCGCAUCAGGCCAGCGUGUGGUUUGAUUUGAUGCGUGAGUUCCGCUGGAAUCAUAUCAUCCUCAUCGUCAGCGACGACCACGAGGGACGAGCGGCGCAGAAACGACUGGAAACGCUGUUGGAGGAGAAGGAGACCAAGACUAAAAUCAGGAACUAUGAAAACGUGGACCAACACGGCUUUGACUUCCGGAGAACGCCUAAGGCCGAGAAGGUUCUUCUGUUUGGACCCGACACCAAUCUGACCGCCCUGCUCAUGGACGCCAAAGACCUGGAGGCCCGCGUCAUCAUCCUUUCUGCCAGUGAGGACGAGGCGGCAGGUGUCUACAAAGCAGCCCGUCACCUCAACAUGACCGGUUCUGGUUACGUUUGGAUCGUCGGAGAGAGAGAGAUGACGGGAAAGGCUUUGAGUGAAGCACCGGAUGGCCUGCUGGGUCUGCAGCUGAUUAACGGUAAAAACGAGUCGGCGCACAUCACGGACGCCGUGGGAGUGGUGGCGCAGUCCCUGCAGGAGCUUCUGGACAAGGAGAACAUCACGGAACCUCCACGAGGGUGCGUGGGCAACACCAACAUCUGGAAGACAGGGCCCCUCUUCAAAAGGGUGCUGAUGUCCUCCAAGUACACGGAGGGGCUGACCGGUCGCAUCGAGUUCAACGACGACGGCGACCGGCGCUUUGCAACCUACAAUAUCCUUAACUACCAGCAGAAGCCCGGGAGGCUUGUCCAGGUCGGAAUCUUCAACGGCUCGCAGGUGGUGAUGAACCCCCAGAGGAAAAUCAUCUGGCCCGGCGGGGAGACCGAAAAGCCAGUCGGAUACCAGAUGUCGACCAAACUCAAGAUCGUGACCAUCCACCAGGAGCCUUUUGUCUACGUCAAGCCCACCAAGGCGGAUGGAACGUGUAAGGAGGAACACACAGUCAACGGGGUCCUCAUCAAGAAGGUCAUUUGCACCGGACCCAAUGGAACCAUUCCAGGUCAGCCGACGGUUCCUCAGUGUUGUUAUGGCUUCUGCAUUGACCUGCUCAUCAAAUUGGCCAUGAGCAUGAACUUCACCUACGAGGUGCACUUGGUAGCCGACGGAAAGUUUGGAACGCAAGAGAGAGUGAACAACAGCAACAAGAAGGAGUGGAACGGCAUGAUGGGCGAGCUCCUGGGGGGUCUGGCCGACAUGAUCGUGGCCCCUCUCACCAUCAACAACGAGCGCGCUCAGUACAUCGAGUUCUCCAAGCCCUUUAAGUAUCAGGGCCUGACCAUCCUGGUCAAGAAGGAAAUCCCUCGCAGCACGCUGGACUCCUUCAUGCAACCUUUUCAGAGCACCUUGUGGCUCCUUGUCGGCCUGUCGGUCCACGUGGUGGCAGUGAUGCUCUACCUAUUAGACCGGUUCAGCCCGUUCGGAAGGUUUAAAGUCAACAGCGAAGAAGAAGAAGAAGACGCCCUCACCUUGUCCUCGGCCAUGUGGUUCUCCUGGGGGGUUCUGCUGAACUCCGGCAUUGGAGAAGGAGCCCCGAGGAGUUUUUCGGCCAGGAUUCUGGGAAUGGUGUGGGCGGGAUUCGCCAUGAUCAUCGUGGCGUCGUACACGGCCAACCUGGCCGCCUUCCUGGUGCUGGACCGGCCUGAGGAGCGCAUCACUGGCAUCAACGACCCCAGGCUGCGAAACCCGUCAGACAAGUUCAUCUACGCGACGGUCAAGCAGAGCUCGGUCGACAUUUACUUCCGGCGUCAAGUGGAGUUGAGCACCAUGUAUCGUCAUAUGGAGAAGCACAACUACGAGAGCGCCGCUGAGGCCAUACAGGCUGUCAGAGACAACAAACUGCACGCCUUCAUCUGGGACAGCGCUGUGCUGGAGUUCGAGGCGUCGCAGAAAUGCGACCUGGUAACCACCGGCGAGCUUUUCUUCCGCUCGGGAUUUGGCAUCGGGAUGCGGAAGGACAGCCCCUGGAAGCAGAACGUUUCGCUGGCCAUUCUAAGUUCACAUGAGAACGGCUUCAUGGAGGACCUGGACAAGACUUGGGUUCGAUACCAGGAAUGUGACUCCAGGAGCAACGCGCCGGCCACACUCACCUUCGAGAACAUGGCAGGUGUGUUCAUGUUGGUGGCGGGCGGCAUCGUGGCGGGCAUAUUCCUCAUCUUCAUCGAGAUCGCCUACAAACGACACAAGGACGCCCGCAGGAAGCAGAUGCAGCUGGCCUUUGCCGCCGUCAACGUCUGGAGAAAGAACCUGCAGCCGUACCCGACCGACAUCACCGGCCAGAUCAACCUAUCGGAUCCCUCCGUCAGCACUGUGGUGUGAACGUCGGGGCCACACCCAUCACACAGACAUACAAGCCCAAAUUGCUUUGGUUUUGUUUUCAUCUUUCUGGGUCAUCCAUCAGGUGGGCGGAGCCGGAGCAGCAGGAAGCAGCUUCCUAUCACUAUGAAACAUAUUAUUCCCAAUGUUCAUCAUUAAGAUUAUAAAAAUAUUGAAAGCUACAAAAUCCCCACUUACAUCUUCAAUAUAUUUUGAAGUGCAAUUUUCUUCAGUUUGCGGUACUUUCUGUUACUUGUGGGGAAGUUUUUGUUCAUUUUGGGACACCCUCUUCUUGUGCAAUUUAAGGCCUCUCUUCAUUUUUGGGGUACAUUCUGUUCAUUUUUUGCAUCACUUCCUAUUCCUAUAAAUGCUUCUCAAUUAUUUUCUGUUACGCCCCCCCAGGAAGACAUAAAUGCCCACCCCCUGCCCCAACUCUCUGACGCCACUGUAAAUACUAUCAUUGUCUCUACAAAUAUUAUUAUUUUAAGUACACCUCUGCAUAGAAUUGUUUCCUUUUUAUUGAGAAACUUAGAAUAAAGUAUAACUUUAUUAACAUUGUUUUGUUUGUAACGGAAAAGACUUAUAGCGCAUAAAUGUGCCUAAAAAAGGCACAUCCAAACUGUAAAAAUACACUCAAGGUCCAUUUUUUGACCAUUUGAUACUGAAAAAUAAAAUGUAACUAAGAAUAAAUCAAUGAUAAUAAAUUCAAAUUUAGCAACAAUAACUUUGAGUAUAAUAUGCCAAACAAUUUGACCGGAAAAAAUAGGAAAAAAACGACAGUGUCACUGGACAGAGGGACAGUUUCUAUUUUUGCUGCAGGCAGUAUCAGCUCCUUUGCGAUAGUGUGGGAUUAUUUUCCACUGAGCAUGCUAACAGCGCUCAUUAGUUUACUGAUGUAAUACUGACAAAGAGGGACGAUUGUUGGCAAUAUUCGGCACGUGUUUGCUGAAAUAAAUCAUGCGGCUUAUCAAUGUGAUUGGGCUCUAAUGCCUUUGAGUGAUGUCUUAAAGGGUAUGACAACACCUGGGGAAAUGCUAAUAUUCCAUCAUUUAUCCAUAAAGGCAUGCCUUUUGGAUUCAUAUCAUGCCACUUCGUGUAAUUACACACAUCGCAACACCAAGAAAAUGAUAGCAACACCAAGAAAAUGAUAGACAUUUGGAUCGAUUGUCAAGCUAAAAGGACCCGCCCCGAGAUCCCGGAAAUCCAGCAUAUUGUGUGCGUGACGUCACGACAAGGAAACAACCGGCUCAGUGCUUAGUACUGAAUGGCGGCUAUGAUGGCGGACAAUUUUGUUUCUAGUUGCAGCGACGAAUCCGACAUAACGAACAUUCUUCUAAUGGUGACGAGGAACGUUAUGAACCUUUCUUUGGUGUUUUGGGUUAUCAAUUUGAGCCCAAACGAAAGCCAUUGUAGCCUAAUGAAUGGAUCAUUGAGGGGAGUAAUCACACUGAUGAAACACCGGCAACAUAUCUUAUGGGAAACACCGAAUGGUUUGUUUUGCAUUUCUUUUUGUGAAGCUGAUACACCGUGACCGCAAAAUAAUCAUGUAAUGUAUAGAAUAAUUAUCAUUUAUUGUGCUAUCAUAGGUUUUCGCUCUGCCAACAGACACAAAUAUGAAUGGGAUUAGAGGAUUUGUUCUAUAUAUUUUACGAGCGAUAAUUUAUACAUGUGUCCAGUCCUAUAUCCAAUGCGUGAUAUGUUUUUAUUAUAAAAGAGUACUCACUCUGGCCAUUUCGAGCUUGGCUGCUCCGCUCCUUUGGUUAGCCUGGGGUGGUCUCAUCAGAACCAGUCAUCAUUCUCUUUCUUGAUAUCUCGGGACAUUUAGGUGGCUGCGCGUGUAUGGUGGACACCGCAUCUGCUUUCGUCAGCAAUUUCUUAGCAAAACCUGAUUUCAGGUUUAAAAUGUGCACCACACAAAACUGUGCCGGAGGCUGGGUCUGCAAAAUUAGCCCUCUUAGCACGGACGAACUUUACUCAUUGUCUGCGUAGUCCAUCUCUUUUUCUCGUGUUCGGGAACUCAUGGGUACUACAUUGCGACAAAUGGCAAUUUGUAGACCACAUAGCAUGACAGGUUUGAACCAUUUUAGCGAUUUUUGAUAAAACACGAAUGCAACUCUCUGUCGAUAAACAACGGUGGCACCUGCCUCGACCUUUCGUUUCCUUGUUAUGACGUCUCCGCCCCAUUCGGCUGUUUCCGGAAUACUUUCGGAAAUGUUCGUAAUUUUCGAUCUAUUUUCAAUAAUUGCUCAUGAAUGUGAUUUAUUUUUUUGUUAACUUUAUUAAUAUGUGUAAUCUUGCCAUAUAACGGUUCUAUUGAUAUCUCACAGCCCCUUAGUGUUUUGAUACCCUUUAAUAGAUUUGACUUCCUGCUGUCCACUGCAAACAUUUUUAGACACAGUAAACAGACUCGUAUUUUCUUGUCUCCAACUGUAUAAAAGUCAAAGCCAAAAACUAUAUAUGCUUCGUCAUAUAUCCUCAUUUAGCUCCUCAUAUCUCCAGUGCUCUUUACUAUGUGCGCUCACUGCUCGCUUGGUUCAAAAAUAUUGCGCACACUCUGAAAAUGAGAGCGCCACUGCCACCCACUGAGUGGGUGUGUAAGUACACUUUAUUCUCGUACGGCAGAAGUAUGUUUCCCCGAGGUCACAUGCGCCACCCCCUGCAUGGCUACGCGCCCCCCUGGGGGGGCUGCACCACUAUUUGAGAAGUACUGCUAUAGGACCACUUUACAUUUUGGAGUAACUUCCUGUUCAUUUUUUGGUCAUUAUGUGUUCAUAUUUUGGUCACGUCUUGUACAAUUUGGGGCAUUUGUUCAUUUUUGGGGAACUUCCUGUUCAUUUUUUUGUACAUCACUUAAUCCUAUAAGAGAACUGUUCAUUUCUGGUCACAUUUGGGUCAUUUUGGGGCCCUUAUUUGGUCACUUCUUGCUAUUCUUUGGGUCAUUUUGCCUUCAUUUUUGGGUCUCUUCUUGUACUAUUCGGGCAUUUGUUCAUUUUUGGGGGGAAUGCCCUGUUAAUUUUUUUUUUACAUCACUUCCAAAUCCUCGGGAAGAACUAUUCAUUUUUGGUUGGCUUCUUGUUCAUCAUCCUUAACUUCUGUCAUUUUGGGAAACUUAGUGGGUCACUUGUGGCUCAUUUUUGGGUCAAUUCCUUUACAAUCUGGAGCGUUUGUUCUAUUUUGGACACUUCCUGUUAAUUUUUGCAUCACUUCCUAUGCCUAUGGAAGCACUGCUCAUUUUUGGGUCGGUUCCAAUUCAUGUUUUAGUCAUUUUGUAUUCAUUUUGGGUAAUAUGUACAGUUUGAGGCGCUUGUUCAUUUUUGGGGCACUUCCUGUUCAUUUUGGAGCACUUACUCAUUUUUGGGUCACACUAGGGCUAUUUUUUUUUCUUUUUUUUUUUUUCUUUUUUAGUUUUUAGUCACCUCCUAUAAAUUUAUUCGGUAUUUCUUCUUGGCUUUUGUGGACUUGCCCAAUUUUUGAGUCACUUCCUGUUCAUUUUUUUUUUUUUUUUGCAUCACCUCCUAUUCCUAUAGAAGAAAUGUUCAGUUUGGGUCACUUCCUGUAUAUUUAUUGGGUCAUCUCUGUAAUUUUGGGGCACUUAUUUAUUUUUUGGUACACUUUGGGGCUGUUUUUUAAACUUCCUCAUAAGUUUUGAGUGAAUUCCUAUUAAUUUAUACCCCCUUCUUGAUCCUCUUGGGGUACCUGCUUAUUUUUGGGUCACUUACUGUUCAAUUUGUGAUACCUUCUGUACAGUCGGUAGUUCCCUCUGGGAGAUCUAGUACUGCGUCGACACGAAACAGUAAGUGAUCUUGGCGGGUUGUUUUGUAAAUAUUUUCUAUGGAUUCACUGAGCAAUAUAGCAAAGACCUCUAGUUAACUUUAGCAUGUUAGCUUGAGUAGAUUUGAACAUCACUGCCCGCCUGUCCAGUUCCAGAGGCUCCGCCCCCCUGACGCUCCCACGGCAUGCUGGGAUUAAUGAUGUCACCACACCUGUAUUUUGAUGUCACUCAGUCUACCUCCGCCGGCCAAUCAACACUCAGUGACUGUGUUGCUUUUACUUGCUUACCAUAUUACUUGUUAGCAUCGAACAAUGUGUUAGUGUGUUGAGCUCAUUUACCAUGCUCUCAAGUUGACCUGUGACACCUCGUAUGAACUUUACCGCUCGUUAGCCGACUGUCUAGCUAAUCUGGCUAACGCUCAUCAAUGCUAAUCCAGCUGCCGGUUUUGAGUCGUCAGCUAACAUUAGAGCACGUUUUUCCUCUGGGCCAACGAUGUUUUCAAGUGCUUAAAUGUCAAAGUCGUGAAUUUCCUCGAGAAAACAGAUUUGAGAUCUCCAAGUACCGUAUUUUCCGGACUAUAAAUUGCUUUGGAGUAUUUAGUAGUAAACCAAACUACUCAAAAAAUGCGUCAAAGAAAAAUAGAUAAGUAGCACGAGACUGUGUCGGAACAUUUGGAGGAAAAUGUAGCAUUUGUUGUCUGCUAUUUUUCGCCAUGUAGCUCAAAUGCAGUAUUCAGCAACAAAAAAGCAGUUCAAUAACUGUCCUGCUACUAGUGCUAACGUGAACACUCUCCAGCUUAGCAGGCUAUUACGUUGCAGCACUUCAGCUCAACAAAGGCCAGCUUUGUUCAACUUUCGUAGCAUGCACACAGGCUUUUACUUACGGUCUUGGGUAACACUCAGCCCACCGACUAGGGUUGCCAACUGUCCCUUGAAAAGCUGAAUCGUCCGGUAUUCAGAAACAAAAGUACGCGUCCCUUAUUAAGCUUUCCAGGGAUCCGCUUUGUCCCUCUUUUUUUAUUUUCAAAUUCGAAAAUAGUAUCUUUGUUUGUGGAAUGAACUAAUACUGGUAUGGUGCUUUACAAGAAUAUGCAGGGAAACGCAUUCCUCUGCCUAUCCUGCUUUUUGAGCAAUGAGCUGAUGGAACAAUGACAAUACGAAAUCCCUCUCCUCUCAUUGGGCGAGGUAGUGCCAUUAAAGGAAGAAAACAUAAAAGUGAGGGAGAUGAGAGGUUUGAGUGAAGCGAGAGUAAAAACCAUGUUCAAAAUUAUGAUCAUUUGUUUUCUUGUUUUUUUCUGUGUACUCCAUUUUCGCUAAAUGUAUUAUUUUUGUGUUUUGUCACAUUAUAUUUGGAGUGAUCAUUUGCAAAAUGUUGUUGCUGAGGGUACUUUGAACGCACCUAAAUUGUAAUAGAAAAAUUUACCUGAGAGUUUGUUUGCACUUUUUAAGAAAAGCAUUUUUAAAAAGGCCAAAAAACACACACACACAUACACACAUAUAAAGGCUCAGGACCUUAAGCGUUAAAUUAUACCAAUUUUAAAUUUAGCAGUACAGUUUUAAUUCCAGUAUAUUUUGUAUUAAAAUACAUUACUGAUAAUUGUUGUUUUUCCCAUGUGCUUAUAUAACUCAAAUAUAUACCUAAUUGAUUGUUUUGAAUAAAACUAUCAUCAUUAUUAUUAUUAUUAUUAUUUUAAAAAAUAACUUUUCACAUAAAACACAGUUAUCGGGCCAGACAGCUCUACCAAUGAGGUGUCGCUUUUUUUUUUUGUCUUUUUCAGGGAAAUGGCAACCC